AUCACACUCCUGGUUGCACCUUCCCCAACGUCGCCAUGUUUAUCCUAACCACCAUAUCGGACUUGAUUCAGAUCUCGCCCGAGGAUUUCUCCAAGUUCAGUGCAGUUGCACUUGAAGACAACAUCAAUGCAAAAUACGCCAAUAAAGUCAUUCAAAAAAUUGGCCUUUGCAUCAGCUUCUAUGAUCUACUUGAAUCUUCUGAUGGCUUGAUUGGCCACGGAACAGGCUUGGUUAAUGUCAACGUAAAAUUCCGCAUGAUUGUCUUCCGACCCUUCAAAGGGGAGAUCAUGCUGGGGAAGAUUUCUAGUGGCACAGAACACGGAAUUAAGAUUGGCCUUGAAUUCUUCAAUGAUAUUCUCAUCCCUCCCCAAAUGCUGAUGGAAAAGUCCCGAUUUGAUUAUGCUGAGCAGGUAUGGAUCUGGGAGAGUGAAGGGGGAACAGAAUUCUUCUUCGAUGUAGGAGAAGUUGUGCGAUUCCGAGUCGAAUCAGAAGAGUGGCACGAUCAAAUCCCCAAUGCACCAGAUGUUGCAGAUGAAACUCCACAGGAGAGGCGCCCUCCGUAUUCUAUUCUUGGCUCGAUGCAAAUGGGCGGAACUGGACCCAUCACUUGGUGGUAGGCUGCUACGGACAUACUACCAUUUGAUGUCACAUUAGACUGUCUUCUUGUUGGCCUAUCGUGGCCCGUUCUCAGCGCCGAUACAAUUUCUUUUAGAGUCAGACCAGAUACCCAUACGAAUCAAUGCCAAUGAAUAUAGAGAUAA